AAAUUCUGAAGGGCCCACCUCCUACCUCAAUCUGUCACCGAGAGCGCCGCGCGGUCAUCUCUUCACAGCGAGAGAAGAAAUAUAGAGAUAAUGACUUCGCUCCUUCAACUUAUUUAGUUCUAGAACUUCUACUCAACUCUCCUCAGAAACGAUCCAACUCGGAACUCUAACUUAAACUUAGGAGGUGAGUUGGGCUAGAACGCGUUAAUUCACUUUAAAUCAAUCUUCGCAUUUCAUUUUCCUCCUCCUCCUCCUCUUCUGAGCCAUGGCUGAGGAGGCUAACUGUUUCACCAGUCUUUACGCUUUGCUAAUGUUACUGUGCUGCGCCACGUGUUCCUACGGGCUCGGUACUUUUGGCUUUAGCAUCCAUCACCGAUUCUCGGAUCCGGUUGAGAGAAUUAUGGCCGUUGAUGACUUACCGGAGAAAGGAAGUUUCUCUUACUACUCUGCUCUGGCCCACCGUGACCGCCUGUUUCAUGUUCGUGUUCGUGGCCGUGGCCGUGGACUUGUAACGGAAACUGAUCAGACGCCGUUAACUUUUGAAUAUGGAAACGACACUUACCGACUCGAUUUCCUUGGAUUUUUAUAUUAUGCCAAUGUUUCAUUGGGUACACCAGCUUUGUCAUACCUGGUGGCCCUAGACACCGGCAGUGAUCUGUUCUGGUUGCCGUGUGAUUGUGGCAGCUUUUGUAUCAAUGGCUUGAAUUUGUCAUCUGGGCAGGUAAUAGAAUUUAAUAUCUACAGCCCUAGUGCUUCAUCAACAAGUUCAAAGGUUACUUGCAAGAGCUCCUUAUGUGAAAACCACAGACUUUGCAUUUCAGCUGCUGAUAGUUGUCCUUAUCAAGUUCGCUAUAUUUCGGAGGGCACUUCAUCAACUGGGACCUUGGUUGAGGAUGUACUGCACUUGAUAACAAAUGAUAAUAAACCCCAACCUGUUAAUCCUCGUGUUACUUUUGGCUGUGGUCGCAUUCAGACUGGUUCAUUUUUGAGAGGUGCAGCACCUAAUGGUCUAUUUGGGCUUGGUAUAACCAAGCAAUCGGUUCCUAGCAUCUUAGCAAGUCAGGGGCUAAUACCAAAUUCCUUUUCCAUGUGCUUUGCGACUGAUGGUCUUGGGAGAAUCAGCUUUGGAGACCAAGGCAGCUCAGGCCAAGGAGAAACACCAUUUUCUCUGGGGCAAUCACAUCCAACAUACAAUGUUACCAUCACUAAAAUUAUUGUUGGGGGUCUUACCGCUGAUGUAGAGUUCAAUGCAAUUUUUGAUUCUGGAACCUCUUUUACAUACUUAAAUGACCCAGCUUAUACACAAAUUUCUGAGAGUUUCAAUAAUUUGACACAAGAAAAACGAUUUCCAACUGAGAGCUUUGAGCUUCCUUUUGACUAUUGUUAUGUUUUGAGCUCAAAUCAAUCUAAUAUCAGUUAUCCAGAUGUGAAUUUAACAAUGAAAGGCGGUGACACAUUUUUUGUCAAUAAGCCAAUAGUAAUCGUUUCUGUCAAGGAUAUCAAUCUAUAUUGUCUUGCUGUUGUCAAAAGUGAUGAUGUGAGCAUCAUUGGACAAAACUUCAUGACUGGCUAUAAAGUAGUCUUCAAUAGAGAUAAGAAUGUUUUGGGUUGGACACCAUCCAACUGUUAUGAUGAAAGCAGCACAGGCAUUUUGCCAGUUAGCCCAGCUACGAGCCCUGCAGUGCCACCAGCCAUUGCAGUCAAUCCAGAAGCCAGAACUGGGAACGAUGGUAACUCUCCGAUAUCAUCAGCACCGACCGCUGGAAGUCAUUCACCUAAGUUACGCCCUUUUACUUUUGCCCUUGUGAUGCUUCCUAUUUCUGUUUUAGCCGCUUUCUGAUCUUUCUUUCUUUGAUCUGAGUUUAGUCGUUUCAACCAAUUAUCAUAUUGGUAUUAGUGGUCAUUUUUCCCUGGAGAAAUGGCAUGCCCUUGGAAGCAUUAUUGCUUCAGUUUUGUUGGCAUUGGCGGCAUGGAUUAAAGAUGGGAUUGUAUAUAUAUACAUAUAUAGGCGGUAUGAACAGAGACCAGUAGGAUAGAUUCCCCAUAUACGACAGUUUAUAUGCUGAUAAUAAUUUUUAUUGUUAGUUAUUAUUGGUUUAAGAAUUUGCACUAAAUUUCCUGACAAGUUAUGGACAUUAGUCCUUGCAAUAGCUGAGUGUUGUUUUGAUUUGAA